CAGGACCAGAAAGACGCCUGCCUAAAUGCUUGCAUAAGUCUGCCCUGCCCCAGGCAGGCAGAGAGGAAUUUGCGACACCUAGCCAGAGCAAUCUACGGCAGAUGGCUACAGCAGAAGACCACUCCUCUCCACAUUCCCUGAUGCAACUAGCUUCUGGUGGGCUUGUGUCCUCCUCCAUCACUGACCCAGUAAGGAACAUGCCUUCCUCUCUCAACAAUCCCUUUAGCUCUCUGUGACUUGAUUUCUGACCUGGGACAGGGAUGUAGGACAGGGUACAGCACUGAAAGUGCAGAAGUACUCUUGAGCAGGAGGCAACCAGAUGCCAUGGUGAAGGACUGGUGGGGAAGAAUGACCAUGGUCUCUCACAGGUGAAGUUCUGAAGGCAUCUCUGGAAGUGACACGAGUCGUGUGGCAACAAGCAGUGCCCCCACAAGUAACUUUGGGACUGGCAGGCGAGCAGCAAGCAUGAGCUUGGCAGCGCGUGAGCGUGAGCACCGGGACCCUGUGAUCUGAACCCCGUCUCCAGCUGACUUCCCGGCCCGCCAGGUGCUGUUCAUCCCGCACCAUGGAGGACUGCCUUCACACCUCCUCCGAAAACCUGUCCAAGCUGGUGAGCUGGGCCCACAGCCAUGGGACCAUCUGCAGCCUCAUCCCCAACCUCAAGCACCUGCUCUCUGAGGGGGCCCAUGGUAACCUGACGGCCAUGUGGGGCUGCAGCGCCGGCCAUGCCUACCACUGGCCCCUGGCCGCCACAUGCCGGGCGGGCUCCCAGGAGCGUGUCUGCUUCCAGGACAGCCGCAGCUUCAACUCGGACAGCCCCAGCAUGCUGGGGGUGCCCUCGGAGGCACAGGCCAGCCCCCUGGAGCGCUACCCGGGCCGGCCGGGGAAGGCCAAGCUGGACUGCACCCGCACUCGCGACUCCUGCGACUUCUCCUACUGCAGCGAGCCCUCGGAGCUGGGUGAGCCGGUGGAGGAGUACGAGGAUGAGGCCACGCUCUUCGACAUGGUCUGCGAGUCCUCUGUGACUGACGAGGACAGCGACUUCGAGCCUCAUCCUCACCGUGCCCCCAGCGGCCCUCGGAAGCGGCCGCCCGCCGUCCUCCCUGCCGCCGCCCAUGCCCAGCCGGCUGACGAGGGGGGCGGCGAGGUGCUCCUCAAGAAGAUCAAGCAGGAGCUGCCCGAGGACUACUACAUCGUGGCCAAUGCCGAGCUGACGGCUGGUGCUGAUGGGCCGGCACUGGCCCUCACCCAGAUGUCCAAGCCCAAGCCACCAGCACAGGCUGGACCCUCCGGCAUGGUUGCCACCAGGACCCUGUCCCUGCCUGCCACCGGCCCGGACCCUGACCCACCGCAUCUCUGCGCCUCCCCACCCGGACCACCCCGGCUCCCUGCUCAGAGGCCACCCCGGGGUGCCCUGGCCUCCCCAGCCCGGGGUACAACUGGUGGCGUCCCCUCGGCCACCCUACAGGUGCCAGCCACCAGCUCCAACACCACAGCUGUGGGGAAGGCCAUCAGCAUCCCGCUGUCGGCCCUGCAGCUGCCCGGGCAGGAGGAGACCCCGGCCACCGAGGAGACCCCGCCGCCCGCCCCGCAGUCGGCCCCAGGCGGCGAAACGGCCGCGUCGCCCUCAGUGAGCGCAGAGCCCGAGGUCAGCUCCAGCCAGCAGCAGCCCCCUGCUGUCCCUGCUGCCACCCCUGAAGCAGCGGCGCCGUCAAUGCCAGACCAGGAUGAGAGAGCAGCAGAGCUCAGCAGGGAGCAGAACGAGAAGACCAUUCGCAGCACACAGACGGCUCUCCGCAAUUUCCGCGAGUUCCUCAUCUCCAAGUAUCCUUCUGAGACCCGAGAGAUCUACGUCAUCCCCUGCAAAGAGCUUGAUGCCUACCUUGCUUCCUUCUUUGUGGAUGCCAGGCAGAAGGAUGGGUCUGAAUACGAGCCGAACAGCCUGGCCAACUAUCAGUGUGGGCUGGAGCGGUAUCUCAAAGAGCACAGGUAUGGUUACAGUAUUACCAGGGAUAAGGAGUUCAAAAGGUCCCAGGAGGCACUAAAGCAAAAGCAGAUAGAGCUGAGGUGUAAAGGAAAAGGAAACAAGCCACACAAAUCCAUGAAGCUCACCUUUGCUGAUGAACUUAUCCUGCGCAAAAGAGGCUUGUUGAGCCGGUACAAUCCCGAAGGGCUCCUGAACCUUGUCUGGCUGAACAACACUAAGGCCUUCGGACACUGCACAGGUUUUCAUGGGUCCACCCUCAAGUGGGGAGACAUCCGGCUGCGGGUAACAGAGACGGGGCUGGAGUACCUGGAGUGGAUGGGACCGGACAACGGAGACGUCAACGCCAAGAGCAAGAGAGGCGGGACGGACUCGCGGGUGUACGCCACCCAGCACUCGCCGCAGACCUGCCCCGUGCAAGACUACAAGGAGUAUGCCCAGAGGCGGCCUCCAGCCAUGCGCUACGAGGACGCACCUUUUUACCUCUCCAUCAAACCCGUCGUCAACUUGGCUGCUCUUCACUGGUACAACUGCCAAGCCCUGGGGAAAAACAAGCUUGCCAAGAUGGUAAAGACGAUGUGCGAAAAGGGCAACAUCCCCGGCAGGAAGACCAACUUCAGCGUCUACCAGAGCUGUAGCACAUUGUCAGAAGCGCAGAGCAACCAGCUUGUGCUGAUCUGCAAUAACUUGAGCCAGCAGGCUGCCCAGUCCAUGGCAAGCCACUCCAAUACUGGCAACUUCAUAGUGUCAGCAUCCUAUGACUCUUCCUCUGACACAGCUUGAAGAGGGGUAUGACCUGGACAGAUUUUUCUUUUCCGUUUUGUUUCAAGCAUUGAAUUUGUGCCCAAUAAUACGCAUCAACUGUGAUUGUACACUAUGCCCCCAUAGCCCUCUCUCCAGUGUUAAUUCACUUUAUAAAAAUAUAUAAAUAUAUAAUAUAUUUUUCUUUUUACAAAUAAGUCAAUAGAAAUAGUUUAGUAUUACUAACAUAGUAUUUAUAGUGUUAAUACAAAAAUGAAAGUUACUUAUGGGUUAUAAUAUAAUUGCAGAUUUUAAAAGGACAAAAGUGGUUCUCAGGCAACACAAGAUAGACUGGAAAUACCAUUUUUAACAUGCACACAUCGGUGACUGUAGAUCCCCAGGGAGGCUUACGUAGCAAUUCUAUUUUAAAGCAUUUUUUUGACUUCUUAUUUUAACAUGGCCUCCUAGAGUAGAGACAAACGUAUCACUGGCUGCUGCUCCUUACCUGCUGGCUUGUUCUUGAUUAGCAAGACAAGGAGAUAAGAGAUACAACAAUGUAAGUUUGUGAAAGCAUUAACAACAAUUUUUACCUUCUUUUUUUUUUUUUUUAAUUUUGUUUCCUGAGGCUUUAUGCCUGAUGGAAAAGAAAAAUCCUGAAGUCAGCUAAAAGCUAUUUUUAGCUUUUGUUUCUGUUGAUGAUUUUUUGUGAUCAAAAUGUCACUGGUCUUUAGACUAAAAGGUACUAUUAUUUUCAACAAUAAGCAGAAGCAUAAUGGCAAAAGCAGUCGUACAAAUAAUUUUAACUCUUUAAGCACUGGUCAUUAGUAUUUUGUCACUGUGUGUACUUAAUAUAAAACCCACUGACUUGGAGCCACUCUUUCAGUAUUCUGGGGAAUGCAACAGUUCAGAAAAAUCCAUAAUCUUAUUUCAAACUAUACAGAGAAAAUGCAUUAAAUAUGUCUUAAGCCAUCACUUGAAAUCCACAAAAAGUAACAGGAAGUGUAAGGAUAGUUUGAUAUUUACUUCAGAGAAUGAAAAAGCUGAAUAGUUUUAAGCACUGGAAAACAAUUUGAAGUCACCUACACAUAUUUCCAUUGCAGACAAUGGAAAAUGUGUGUUUGGCUCUGAAGGCGGAAUUUGGUCCUUAAAGCCUUGAAAUAGUGAAUGCUAUUGUCCCAACAUUUGACUUUGCAAAGUAAGUGUUUUCUGAGUACAGGAAAAACACUAACAAAUAUUUGGGUAAACCAUUAUAGUUCUUGACCUUUAAAUUGACGUACAGUACCUCUCAAGUAAUUCACUCUAGCUUAUUCAACAUUUCAGAUGGAAAUGUUCCACUAGGAUAUUCUAGAGAUGUGACGAGUCUGUAGACAAGUCUGUCGGGGUGGUCUGGUGUCCGCUGAAAUCCGUGAAGGACUCAGCCUCACCUGACUUCCCAUGUAUGUUGGGUGGGUCAAACUGUUACUGAGGACUUGUUUUGGUUUUGCUUUUCUGUUCCCUUACGCUUGUUUGCUUUCAUUCCUUUACAUUCCUUCAUACCCUUUACAUUCUUUAAAUCUGCAACAGUGCAGUGACUUUACUCAUAACUUAUUCCAAAGAAAGGGUGAGACAAAAGUAGCAGAAAGAAAUAAAAAUAACCCACCUGGUGCCAUGUAGCACUUGUGUUCGGUGCUGCUAGGAUGAGACAUUCCUGUCAUGGAAGGAGGCGGCAGACUGCCUGUCCCUCACAUAAGCCUUAUUGAAGGUCCAUUUUGGGCAGGGAUGGGUAGCAGAUGGUCCAUGGAAGGUCUAAGAAUGGAGAUUUCCUCUCUAAUAAGCAUCUGGCCUCCCACCCAGCUCCGUGCAGGUGACACAGCUGGACUCGGGCCCCAGUGUGCUCCACACAUAGCAAAGCUGGUACGCAGCCUUGGUGACCAGGGCCUGGGUUGUCGUCAGCCCGGCCUUUUGCAGGGCUGUUGUCACUGUCCGUGGGAUCUCGUUGCCCUGGGGGGGCCGAGGACUUGGGCAGCUGGUCUUGGUUGGUGCUGGGUGCCAUGCCAAGGUACUCGCUGGUGGUGCCAGCUGAGGGGCCCAGCUGCUUGGACAGGUUUUGCUCUCAGUUCCCUCACAUCGGUGCUCAUCUCAGCACUUGAGCUUGAAAGGGAAAGAAGCCACCCCAUGGCGUGGCUGUCCCAUGUCGCUCCUCAAGCCCCACAAAGCACGAAACCAGACCUUACAACCAGAUUUUGGGUUCUCGGCUCCAUGUAUUGUCGGAGUUGUUUUAUACAGUAUUAGGAUGGCUCGUGUUAGUGCCUUGUCGUGCUGAGGCAAUGUCUCUGAUAACCUCGGCCUUGCAGGGCGUGUCGGCAGCUUUAGUGUCUGGUUGGGUGACAAGGUGUGGGGUACGUGUGCUUACGGCAGGAGCCUCGGCGUUACAGGGGCGUGUGUUUUCUGCUUUGUGGCAUCUGCACUAACGCCAGCCUCCAGUUCACACUGAUGGCAGAUUGCCUGGCGAAUUCUGACCGGGUGGCCCCAGAUAGACUACUUGUUGAAGCAGUUAAAGACAUAUGGCCAGAAUAUGAUACCCAAAUAGUAUCAUACUCCCAGAAUAGAUACAUUAGAUCUGAAGGGCGUUUAGCACAACACGUUACCUCGUCUUCAUUUGUGGACAGUUGCAAGGAGUUAACUGACGACGGCCUAAUGAAUUGCCGUCUGCAUUAAGCUCCGGGGAGUGUUGUUAACCCACUGGGAAGGCGACUUCUGAUUUGAGCCACUGCCAUGGCUUUGUCUCUUGUUGGCAGGAGUGCACGUGUCCCAGUUGCUGUGCUGCUGCUGACAGAUGACAAUUAAUUUGCUUGUAAUUGUCUCCCCGUACUCCGAGGGUGUCAAAACCUGCUCCACCAGUAAGUUAGUUACACACUCACCGUGGCGGUGUGGAUAUUGCUUGGUGAAAAGCCAUAGCAGCAUGGUCAGAGGGUGGUGCUGCACUCUUACAGGCCUUCCUCUCUGCAUUAGCAAAGGACUGGGAUGCCCUACCCUGGCUCUUGGUACCCAGUACCUCACCAUGAAAUCAAAAGAGCAGCUCGCUACACACUGCUCUGCUCCUGCCCUGCUGGCGGCUGGGAGGGUCUCUUGCAGAGAUGUGCUGCAGGUGGCUGGUGGUGCUCCUGACUAAAUUCUGCUCUGAUGUAAAAGCUGAAUUUGGGCCCCACAGUAUGGGCUGUGGUUUUCACAAUAUGGGGUAGCCGUCUCCAAAAUGGGGCUCUGCUUUCUCCUUCCUCUUGCCCUUCCUUUUUUUUUUUCUGCCAUUCACUUUUCUUUAAUCUGGUGUUAGACCUCUUUGAUGAGUCAUUUCAGCUAGCUAGCCCAGCAGGAAAUAUAGCACAGAAAGGGGAAAAUCAGGUAGUUUUCUGACAGAUUACUGAGUUGAGUCUGCUCAAAAAUUAGUGUUCAGAGCCAGCAGGAGAGACAGAGGAAGACAUUCCCUGUCAGCAUCAAAGUCAUUAGAUUGCAUCUAUUGCAGCUUUAGAAACCCACCAAAGGGAUACCACAGAUGGAGAGCCUUCUGUAUGGUUUGCAGACGUGUUGGUUGCGUUCAGAACCAUCUACCAGCUCUUGAGAGAUGCGAUCAGUGCUACCAAGAGCGCAGUUUAGCCUUGUACUCUCUGUGUCCCCUAGGAAAGAGGCAGAGUGCCGAUGCUAAGGCCUGCAGGCUAUGUGCAUGGGUCUGUGCUGGUUUUACUGCUCUCCUUCCCAAGUGGCCUGCUCGUGGCACCGAGCCAAGAGUCAGGGAGCAUGGGGGUGACACGUGGGCACUGCUGCCUUGAUCAGGAGGCGGCUGGGCACAGCGCAUGUGCGUGGGUCUGCUCAUGUGGUUGCACAUUUAGCUGGGAAAAGCUGACAGCAGGCUUCAGCUCGGUUUCAUUAAUUGUUCAUGCAUGUGUUUAUGGUACUGUGGGUUUCACAAUGUAAUUCUGUCCAUGCCGGUAGUUGGGACUGAAAUCUGUGAUAUCUGGGUGUUGCAAACUGCCUGUUUAAUUUUCAAAUACAAAUUUAUGCAACAAAAUGUAUAUUUAAGUGCAGGAGAAUGAAAUACUGUUGUGGGCUGCCUUGUAGACUAAAUUGCAAGGCAUAUCUAAAGCAACGGCACAUACGUUGUUCAUUUACAUAGUGCAAUAAUUCUAUGAUAGCACCCAUGCUAUUGAAAUAUAGGACAAUCUAACAAUGGAAAUAGUGUCCCUGAUGCACAUUCUCCUUUGUGAAGAAUAUCAACACCUUCGAGCUAUUUUGUGUUUUUACUUUUAGAAGCUGCUGGUCACUGGUAUUCAGUCUAUAGUGUAGUUGCCCUCUUAUUUCUCUUAGAAAGGUGAGUAGGAAAAAGAGAUUCAAGCAGCAGGUUGUACUGCUGCGUGUGCUUUUCUCGCACGUUUUGUGGCUGCAUCUCCCACCACCGCUCGCGCAAGCAAUGUGCGGUGUGAAGGUGCAGAUCAGGAAGAGUAGGUGUUGUGUCACUCCAGAGCCUGGGCUGCCCCGAGGACGGGGCAGCCGUAAAGGAAACUGAAAUUCCUGUUGCACUAGGUUUCCUUACUGCCCAGCUCGUAUUUUACCCUUUUUCCCUCUGUCUUCGUGUACCUCCCAUAAGUGCAUUGACUGACAUGACUAGCACGCGUGGUGCGUGGGCUGAUUAUUCCUCCUGACCAUAAGCUGCGCGCGACUGUGACUGACUGACUGGUACCCCCCAUCCCUGACGUCCCUUUCACCGUCCCUCUGUUCCUCUACUGUUCCCCUCUCCCAGCGUUUGUGACACUAGGGGAAGAGGACUGCUCAGUGCAGGGCAGCUCCUGGCCCACAGUUCCCUCCCUGCUACCAAGUGACCUUGUGCUUUGGGGAUAACGCGCUCAGGGCAGGCUGCCUCGCUUUGGGUACGCGUGGUAGGUGCGAUACCGCACACCAGCACUCCGCAGCCUGGCGUCUCUCCUCUCUGGACACUCUUCUUCUCUGCUUUCUGUGGGAGUGCUUUCAAAUCGCAAAGUGAGGUGACAUUCAGUGGUGUGUCGAGGGCCAGUGCCACGUCUGUGCCCUGUUUGGCCUCUGCUGACAUCCUUGAAGAGGAGCAAGGUGACCGCUCCUCCGCAGCACCUAAAUCCUGGGCUCACUCCGUAGUGGAAAUCAAUUCAUUUUAGGUGGUGCAGGCGAGGGGGAAGCGGGACCUCCCUGGAACUCUCAAAGGCCACGUGAAUGUAUGGGGAGGAGGAGUGCCGACGGGACACAGAGCUGUGGUUUGACUUGCCUGAAAUGAGCCAAUUCACGCCUCCAUGCGAGGCUAGAGGGGGAUUCAGCUGUGCGCUGUUAUGUGCGGCUGGCAGUGGAUCUGCACUUUUUAACGAGGAUUCUUUGUUAGACGUUCGUGUGGCAAGGUGGUUGUUUUGCCUAAUGUGAGUUGCUGUCCUUGUUCUUAAGAGAGGGGAUUUUUUUUCCUUUUAUUUCCGUGCUUUCGUGUAUGUGCUGAAUCUGUAUGCUCUGCUGAGGAAGAGCGUGGAGAGGAGGCAGGCCACCACAAGGUAUGGCUAUCUUCACAGCAGAAGAGCUCGGACUGCGCUUUCUGGUGAUGGUCCCCAUGUGCCUUGCUGGUCAGGAGCAGUGCCACCUCGGCUGGUGUCUCCCAGCACAUCUGCUGGCUCUGCACGCUGCACCACUCUCCGAAAACCAGGAGGAGCCCUGGGCCAGCUGGACACGGCCACCCAUACCGUGUUGGUGAGCCACGCAGGGGAAGGCUCUGAGCACAGCUACACGAUGGCACCGGCCCCGUGGUGCGUGAUGGACGGUGUAUGACUGACACACAAGGCUGUGCCAUACCUCCUCGAGGGGUUUGGAAGGCUGGGGGCCGAUGGGGACACGGGGGCUGGUUCUCCCCUCUGCUCCACCUCUUUUGCAGCUGAUGGAGUUGUCCUUCCGAGGAAAAGCCGGGUUUCCCAGAGCUGCCAGCUCCACCGGUGCAAAGUGAGUGCCAGCCACAUCCUCCCCGCUGCAUGGCCUCUGGCGAGGCUCUGCGGAGCUCCAACACCUCGUCUCUUCCCAAAACCAGCAGAGAGGCAUUUACAGCGUCAGAGUCACAAAGCUCCACGGCUUAGAGGCGUCUGCGAGCCUGCUGGAAAGUUUGACAAUAGCCAUUCACUGGAACAUGUUCAAAGCAGUGGGGAUGUCUAAAGCUUUAACUCCUAAUCUGAUGGGGGAAAAAAAUAUGUUUGGCACAAAAUUUGCUUGUUAUGUGAACUGAUGGGUUUUACCAUAGUCUCUGGAGUCUGUGUCUUGAGGGAGGAAUUUAUUUUCUCUGUUUUCUCACUGAAUUGGUAAAUGUUGGUUGGUAAUACAGACGAAAUUCUAUUUGUUUUAUUAUGAAAAUGCCAUUAAAUGAGCUGUCUGUGCGUUGGAAAUGGACUUACUGUUUCAAAGGGAUCAGGACACUUCUACCUAAUCUUCUACUCUGGUGCUCGGCAUUCAUUACAUGGCAGUCACUAGUGUCUGAAAAAAUCAGCACCUUUUCAGAUUUUCAUUUGACCUAUUGUAAUUAAUGGAAGAUCAUAGUGUUUGGGAUUUUUUAAGAGACUGGUGAGGUAGGUGCUAGCAUCGAAAUUCAGCGGGGUAGAGUUUCAGUGGGAACGGGAAGAGGUGUUUAGCUCUUUCACAUUGCUUGGGGAAUUCCAGCCUUUGGGCUUUUUGGUUAGCACUGUUUUAUACAGUCCAUAAAUGUCAAGCAAAUAACCAAACAGCCAUGCGAGGGGAAAAUAAUCAAGAAAAUACGAAAUGUUUUGGACAAAAGUAUUGUAUAGUGCUAGAAAAAUGAAAUAUCGUUAAUUUUACAGACACUAUCUCUGCCAUUUCAGCUGUUCUUUUUGUGAACAGAGAAGACUUUCUAGCAUUCCUCACUGCUAAAAUCUGAUCCGCUAUCUGAAGGCUGUAAUCCUGCUGAGAUUGUCCUCUGCAUCGUUACGGCAUGUUCUCAGUUGGCCUCAGUCAUGGGUAGCGUUUAGUCCCGGGUCUGCUCCUGCCAAAAUUCCCCCUUCCCUUCUUCACUAUCAAGCAUUUAAUGCCCUUGCUUAUGGUUUGGGUCCUGCGUCAAGACUGGGCUCCUCUGCACAGGGCUGGGAUGGAGUGGGGUGGGUGUGAAAUGCAGGUGCAGAAAUAUCCACAGCGCUCAGACAUGCAGGCAGAUUGUGGCAUGAAAUGUGUUACAAGAGCCUGAAAGCUGGCACGGGGAGAAGCGGUGGGAGCCCAACAGCAGCGCCUGCGACCUGGUGGUGCUGCUGCUGGACAGGACUCGUCUAUCUGCGUGUCUUGGGGUCAUCUUGAGACCUGCCGGAGCAGACCAAGUUACUCGAGACAGAAAAGGGCAGGAUAUCUAAGUGUGAAAGGCAGUGGGAAAGCCUGGCAAAUGCAAUAAAAGUUUUUCUCUUUCUCUCUCUCUCUCUUUUUUUCUUUUUCUUUUUUUUUUUUUUUCUGAAGAAGGCAAGCAUAAUCCUCAUCUUUAAGCUGUCCUUUAAUAUCCUACUUUGUUUUACACUGGAAUUAUAAAACCAUUUCCAUUUGUUUUAAUUAUCUGCUGACUUUAAUUCUGCCUUUGAACAGUAUUUUUGCUAUGACAACCCUUGCUAUCAUGGUGAGCGCUGCUAGGGAAAAAAAAAAGUAAGGCUUUUAUCUUUCCCUGCAUGCAAUGUUUAAUCUUUCUAAUCUUUUAAUGUGAAUGUGUUUUCUCCCAUUUUGAAAAUUGACAAGAUUAGUACUGUUUCUCCCAAAACAGGAGUUCAAAAACGUGUUUUGCUCGAACCUAACCAAUACAACCCAUAACCAACACAUAGCAUCGUCUGGGAAUUCUCCUAAGUGGCCAACCUGUCCAUACUCAGAGUUGAACCUGUCUCUAUGGCUAACUUCCACGUAAUGACUUUUGUAACUGCCUGAAUUAUAAGGACAACUCAGCUUUUUUUUAAGAAAAGUUUGUAAAAAGGUAGUUUUUGUUAAUUCUUUUGUUUUGUUUUAUAAAAAAAAAAAGUAUUUGUUAAAAGAUUCACUGUUUUGCCAAAUAAGAAUAAUAUUUCUAUGCAUCGUGUGAUUCUGUGACGUUGCUGUUGAGAUUUUGCAUGUUUUCUAGGCGUUCUGACAUCUGUACAUUUGUGUGGUACUUGUAGAAAUGCUAACUAUUGCUGCUAUAAUCACCACCAUUGUAGUUAACUGAAAACUGUACUAAGGAGCUGUGCCAGUUGACAGAUUUUUUUGUGUGUGUGUCAUGGUAAAACUCCGCGUUCUGCUGUUCGUUUCCUGUUUUAAGCCAGUAUUUAGUGCCUUCUGUAGAAGGAAUCAGUAUGUUGUGGUAGACAGGAGGUGCCAAACUUCUAGUGUCUUGUUCUGAACAGAUGAUCACUUAUCAGCUUGACGCAUUAAAAAAAAAAAAAGUAAAAAAAAAUCUUGAACA